UCCCUCAGUGUGAGUCUUGCCUCAGCCGCGGCGUGGGUCUGGGCCGCGGGCAGCGUCCGGAGCUCGCCCUGAGGCGGCGGCGGAUCUCGGGCACCGCCGCAGCGCGGGUGCUCUGUGGGUGCUGAGGCCGGGCUUUGGCGUCAGAGGGUCAGCACGGGCAGGGCAAGACUGCACUGGUGUCACCUCCCUGAGCCUGGGUGUUGCCGUGGGGCCAGGGAUGAUCUGUGAAAACCAAGCACGGCCCCAGUCAGCGUACGGAAUUAACCAUCCCAAUCUGCUGUUUGGUCAUCACGUUUUCUGUGCUCUCCCAGUGCAGUGAUAACAGCUGUGGAGUUAAAACUGUGUCUAAGCCUGGCUUGAAAGAGGCUUUGUGAACGGUUGUGACACCUCGGGCACAAGAUCCUGCUUGUUGCAAGCAAAGAGAUUCCUCCUUUCAGUGUGAUAUGGAAGAGGUGGCGAUGAUCGGAGGGCACAACAGCAAUGAGAAUGUGGAGGAGCCCCUGAGUCCCCAGGCCGGAGGGGCAUCCCCUCACCCAGAGGUGCCUGGGGACACCUGCAAAAGGACACCCUAUAGAGCUCUGGGCGAGUGGUGCAAGCUCCAUUGGCGCUGCGCCCUGGUGCUGGCGGUGCUCGUGGCCCUGGUCAUGGCUCUGUGCGUGGCUCUUGCUGCAGUGUCAGGAAAGCCUAAAGGGAAUCCACCUCUGCCGGCGGCUCUAGCGCUGGCCUGUCCUGACGGCUGGGUUGGGUACCAGAGGGUCUGCUACUAUCUCUCACCGAGGGAGGGCAGCUGGGAGCAGGGCCAGGAAACGUGCUCCUCACUCGGGGCCUCGCUGGCUGUGCUGAAGAGGCCGUGGGAACUGGAGUUUCUCCGGCGCCUCAAGGGUAAUGCUGAUUACUGGCUCGGGCUGCGGAGACGGGGCGAGCGGCUGGAGUGGGUGGAUGGCAGCAGCCUCAACGAGACGAUCCCAGUGCGGGGCCAAGGAGAGUGUGUGUAUUUGAACGACCAUGCUUUUGGGAGCACCAGCUGCUCACAGCAGCAGCGUUAUCUCUGCAGCAAGCUGCAAGCUGUGAUGUGAUGGCAGCAAUGGAGGAAGGAGCUUCCCCGUGCUGGGGACUCAUUUGGC